AUGUCAUUGAAAAAGUACCCUUUUUAUUAUAUUAAAAAAAAGAAUGUCAUGUCCUUUUCUUUUUUUGCACUUUGUAAUAUAAAGAUAAAUGAUAAGGCUUAUCAAAAUGUUUAUAAUUUGAUGUUCUAUUAUAAUAAUAUAAGAUAUAAUACAAAUAUUAAUUUAACUCAAAAGAAAAAUAAUAUAUUUGAAGAAGAACUAACAAAAGUAUUUAAAGAAUAUCCAAUUCUUAAAAGAAAUAAUAUAUCAGAUUAUGAAGAAAUAUUAAUAAAAGAAGAUGAUAUAAACAACAAGUAUAAAAUUGGAGAUAUCAUUUGUAUAGAUGAUCAUACAUUUGGUGUAGUUUUACAAAUUAAUCAAAAUAAUACAAUCAUAGGUAAAAUUUAUCAAAAAAAUAUAAAAAAUAAAUAUAACAACAAUAAUAUUAUUAAUAUUAAUAUAAAUGAAAAAAGAAAUGUAUACUCUCCAUAUGAAUAUUUAAAAUAUCUAUUCUCAAAACAUAAUAAUAAAUUAAAUAUAUUUCAUCAUAAUUACAAAGAAAUUUAUCAUAAAAGAUCAAUUAAAAAACAACUACACAGUAAUAUUUUCUUAAUCGAUAUUUUCAAUAAAAUAAAAUACGGACAAAAAAUCUGUGUAAUCACAGAAAAAGAUACAGCAAAAAAUGUUUUGCUACUUUCUUUAAUUUAUGAAAAUCUAUUAAUCAACACAAUUUGUAAAAAUGAAAACCUUUUCAUUAUUUGCUCAAAUAUACAUAAAUCUGAAUUAAAGCUCUUUUUUCAAAAAUUACAUGAAUUGUUCAGGCAAAUGUUGAACAAGUCAGGUAAAAAUAAUAAUAAUAAUAAUAAUAAAAGAAUGGACAAUAUAAAUAAUAUAGAUAUAAAAAUGAAUAAUAUGUAUAAAAAUAAUGAUAUAUAUGAAACCAAUAUUGUUGACAAAUUAUAUUCAGAAAAUUAUAUUUACGAAGAUGAUAUAAAAAUACCGAAUGAUAUUUUGUGGAUAAAUUCUACAACACACUAUGACACACAAUAUUCUUGUUACCUUGCCCCUAUAUUAACAACAUAUAAUUUGAAUGAAUAUAAAAAAAAGUAUAAAAAUAUAAUAAUGGUAUUUUAUAAUGUAACCAGAUAUAAUGAAAUCGUUACCGACUUGCAAAAUUAUAUGAAUAUAUUUAUGAAAAAUUAUUAUAAUAAUAAAAAAAAGCAAGAAAUAGAAAAUAAAAUAAAAAAUAUAUGGAAAGAUGAGUUUUUUAUUACAUCCUUACCUUUGUCGGCACAUAGUAUUAUUUCAAAAUAUUUAUCACAUGCAAUGUAUCCACAUUAUUUGGAAAAAGAAGAAGAAGCAGGAAUAGAAUUAAAAAAAAAUAAAUAUAUAUAUGAUAGUACAUCAUAUAAAAACAAUAAAAUUGAUAUAAAUGAUAAAAAUGAUAUAUUAUACACAUUAGAUAGUUAUAAAUAUUAUGAUUACAUAAAUUUAAAUAUCUCUAAUUUACAAAUAAAUAAUAUAUCAAAUAGUGUUACUUCAUUUUGUUUUAUUGAUAAAACACAACAUGAAUUAACUCGAAUUAAUGAUUAUGCAUUAUCUUUAUGUGAUAAUUAUAUUUCACUGAUAGAUAAUAAAUAUAACAUAAAUCCUGAAAUGGAUAUAAAUUCUUUUUUACAUAAUAAAAUUAUUGAGAAUAAUCAAAUAUGGUAUAUUGUCAAAAAAGAUAUUCAACAUAUUUUUAAUAAAAGAGAUGAAUAUAUUAAAUUAAUUGAAAAUAAAGGUAAAAUGAAUAUAUAUAUAGAUCAUUGGGAAGAAGAAAAUUUUGUGCAUUAUAAUAAUAUAUAUUAUAUUAUUGUAUAUAAAAAUUUCAAUAUAUUCAAUUUAAAUUCUUUUCAACUACUUGUCUUAUUAAGGUCAUUAAUAUAUUCCAAUUUUACCAACACAAAUAUUUCAAAAGACCAUAUUCAUUUUUUUUAUCAACAAUUUUUUCAUUAUUAUUAUCAAAAUUUCAAAUAUUUUUCUAUAUUACAUGAUGAAUAUUAUAAAAAUUUAAACAAAUUUAAACAAACCCAAGGAGCACAAGAAUUUAUUAAUAAGGUUGACACUGUUAUGAAAUAUAUAAAGCCCAAUUUUAAAAACCAAAAAAAUUUUAUUUAA